AUGUGGGAACCUCGCGGAGCUGAGGCAUGCGCGGCGGCCGUGGGCUGCGCGCUCUUCCUGCUGCUUUUCGCGCUGGGGGUCCGCCAGCUGUUGAAACAGAGGCGGCCGUCGGGGUUCCCCCCGGGUCCGUCGGGGCUGCCAUUCAUCGGCAACAUCUACUCGCUGGCCGCCUCAGCUGAGCUCCCCCAUGUCUACAUGAAAAAGCAGAGCCAGGUGUACGGCGAGAUCUUCAGUUUAGAUCUUGGAGGUAUAUCAACUGUGGUUCUAAAUGGCUAUGAUGUAGUAAAAGAGUGCCUUGUUCAUCAGAGUGAAAUUUUUGCAGAUAGACCAUGCCUUCCUUUAUUCGUGAAGAUGACAAAAAUGGGAGGCUUACUCAAUUCAAAAUAUGGCCGAGGAUGGGUUGAUCACAGAAGAUUAGCUGUAAACAGCUUUCGCUAUUUUGGAUAUGGUCAAAAGUCUUUUGAAUCGAAAAUUUUAGAAGAAACCAAAUUUUUCAUUGGCGCUGUUGAAACUUACAAAGGCAGACCUUUUGACUUUAAACAGUUGAUAACAAAUGCUGUUUCAAACAUAACCAAUCUGAUCAUUUUUGGAGACCGAUUCACCUAUGAAGACACUGAUUUUCAGCACAUGAUCGAGCUAUUUAGUGAAAACGUGGAACUCGCUGCCAGCGCCUCAGUCUUCCUGUAUAAUGCCUUCCCAUGGAUUGGCAUCUUGCCUUUUGGAAAACACCAGCAGCUGUUCAGAAAUGCCGCUGUGGUCUAUGAUUUUCUCUCCAGACUUAUUGAAAAAGCUGCCAUCAACAGAAAGCCUCAGUUACCCCAGCAUUUUAUUGAUGCUUAUUUAGAUGAGAUGGACCAAAGUAAAAAUGACCCGUCAUCUACUUUCUCCAAAGAGAACCUAAUUUUCUCCGUGGGCGAACUCAUCAUUGCUGGAACCGAAACUACAACCAAUGUGUUACGGUGGGCGAUUCUUUUCAUGGCCCUUUAUCCGAACAUUCAAGGACAAGUUCAGAAAGAGAUUGAUUUAAUUAUGGGACCCAGUGGGAAGCCUUCUUGGGAUGACAAAUGCAAAAUGCCUUAUACUGAGGCAGUUUUGCAUGAAGUUUUAAGAUUCUGCAAUAUAGUACCGCUAGGGAUUUUCCAUGCAACCUCUGAAGAUGCAGUUGUACGUGGUUAUUCCAUUCCUAAAGGUACAACAGUAAUUACAAAUCUUUAUUCUGUACACUUUGAUGAAAAGUACUGGAAAGACCCAGAAAUAUUCUAUCCUGAGCGAUUUCUGGACAGCAAUGGAUAUUUUUCCAAGAAGGAAGCUUUGGUUCCAUUUUCUCUAGGAAGAAGACAUUGUCUUGGAGAACAGCUGGCUCGGAUGGAAAUGUUCCUGUUUUUCACAGCUUUGCUUCAGCGGUUUCACUUGCAUUUUCCAGACGAACUGGUUCCAGAUCUGAAGCCCAGGUUAGGCAUGACAUUGCAGCCCCAGCCCUACCUCAUCUGUGUGGAGAGACGCUGAAAGCACAUGGAUGUCAUGUGGAACAGGUUAUAUGUUCACCUCACCGCUGAACCUCGUUUAAUCAGUGUGUGUGUUUGGACAAAGGCAUAAAGCCAUUUAACAUGGAUGCCACUUUAAAAACAACACCAGGCAAUAAUAAGCACAAGCUCUGAUGUUUUUCAAGCUUUUAUGACUACGGAGAUAGAAUUACCCGUUGAGGAAGACAAAGGUACACACGACAGGUGUUACAUAACAUACCAGGAUUUGCCACGGAUUCUUUAGGCAGAGCCUGGCUUUUCAGCCUCUUGUUGAGCACCAGGUGCCCUCAUCCGUCCUUGACUCCAUCUUGCUCCUGUCCGGGGGGAUUUGCUGCCAAGUGCCAAUGCCAGCUUCCUUCUAAUCAGGUAUUGUUAUUAAUAGUGUGUGUAGUGCUACUUCAGUUUAAUGAAGAACUAAAGAAGAAAUUAAGACUCAGAUGAGUUUGGAUUACAGAGAUAUUUUAGACGUGGUGGCAGAUGAUAGAAGAAAUAUCUAUAUAUUUAAUGCAGACCCUACCAAUGCUUUCCAACCUUGCUCCCUACUAUGUCUUCAUAAGAAUUACAUCAUUCUAUAGCAUAAUCAAUAAAAUAUAUUUUUAAAAAUGGAAAAAAAAAGAAUUACAUCAUUCUGCCCUGGCCAGUGUGGCUCAGUUGGUUGGAGCAUCGUCCCAUGACUGAAAGGUUGUGGGUUCAAUUCCCUGUCAGGGCACAUACCUAGGUUGCAGUUUGAUCUCAUCCCUGCUCAUAUGAUCCCCCUCUGGAUGCAUACGGGAGGCAACCAAUUGAUGCUUCUCUCUCCCACCAAUGUUUCUCUCUCUCCCUUCUUCUCUAUCUAAAAGCUAUGAAAAAAUGUCCUCUGGUGAGGAUAAAAAAUUUAAAAAAAAGAAUCGCAUUAUUCUUUCUUCCAAUGAGGAGGGUCUCUGUAACCCCUGAAUAUACAUCCCCAAAGCAGCAGUUCAAUAGAUAGGAAAUUACAAUAAUGCAUUUAUAAUAAAAAUAACUCUAACAAUUCUUUGUAGGCACAACUUCCCUAGUUACACUAUUUUCCAUAACCAGUCACAGGGCUUAAAGAUUGGAUUCUUUUGACUUUUAAAGAUCUUUAGGCGUCUCCUCAGAUUACUGUCAUUUUUCUAAAGAUAAAACUAUUCAGAUCCAAAAAAUAUGCUUUAGAGCCAGGAUAACUUGAGAGUGAGGGAUUUCUGUUAAUAAUUAUACCAGGUAAAUAAGUAUAAACUGUGCCUAUGUUGAUCAAACUGGAACGUAUAUUCCAGCGAUAGCUUUUUUUUAAAUAUCAUUUUUCUGAAGUUGUACAGUAAAAAUUUAUGAUCUUGUAACUUGGCUCAUGAAUAGUUACUGCCUCCAACUGGAGUAA